AUGAAAGUCAUACUUACAGGCUCUACCGGAUUCGUGGGCCGUGAAGUCCUGAGCCAGUGUCUGGCACACCCAGCUAUUACCUCGGUCGUAGCACUGAGUCGACGUGAGCUACCACCGCACGACAAACUCAAGAUCGUCGUGAUCGAGGAUUUUCUUUCAUAUUCAGAAUCCGUUCGUGAGAAUAUCAAAGGUGCAGAUGCAUGUAUUUGGACAAUCGGUUUGAUACCCAGCAAGGUUCCCAAGCGCGACGACGGGACCGCAAAACGUGUCAGUAUUGAAUACACAUUGACAGCAGCCCGGGUGUUUCAAGAAGUAUGUGGAAAACCCUUCCGCUUCGUAUAUAUCAGUGGUGCGGGCACAGAGCGGGAUCAGAGCAAGUCACUGUGGAUCAUGCAAGAUUAUCGGCGCCUUCGGGGACAAGUUGAGACUGAACUGUUGGAUUUUGCUAGGGCUCAUGCGGAUUUCAAGCCGUAUAUUAUGCGGCCUGCCAUGAUAAUCUCGCCGAAAAUGAGUCUGCACAGUUUGCUCUAUGGGCUAGGGCCGUCGGUUAAAGUGGAUGUCCUCGCUAAGUGCAUGAUUGAGUUGGCAUUAAAGGGCGAGGAUAAGGCAAUUUGGGAGAAUGCUGAUAUGAAAUAG